UCAAACCUUCGGAAGCAGUUCCAAGCGAGCGGCGACGAGAACCCGCUGCGGUGGGGGGACGGUGAUAGCGCCGUCAUACUCAAGGGGCAGCAUCUAAAGCGGUUGCUGCCAACUCAGUACCCGAACGGAGCUACCAACAAGUUCCAGUGUGACCUGCCGUCGCUGCGGUACGAGUGCGACCUGAAUGCGGAGGAAGGCUGCAAGGCCUACCCGCAAUUGUUCCCGUCCGCUGCGCUCUUCGACAAUUGGAAACCGGAGGACACGCAGAUUCCCCGUGCCAUUUUUGAUAGUAUCUGCCACUUUAACGUUUCCGACCCGUACGAGUUCCGCCUGGCUCAGAUGUUUCGGGAGAUGGAGGUUCCGUUUGUGACCUACGGCGUGCCGGAGCUUACUGCGGCUACGGAACUGUGGACGGACGAGUACCUGACGCAGAAGCUGGGUCCGACGGCGCGCUACAAGGUUCACGUGGCAAACGACACCCACUUCAUUUACUACCAGAAGGGCAAGCAGGUUGCAGGUCAGAAGGAC